AGUGUGCUAACCACUGCCCCACCGCUCCCGACACUUCUCUGUUCGUCUCUUUGUUGUGCAGUCGCCGCCGCCCUCCCUCUGCCCGGGGCCACGCAGGCGCCCAAUGAGCAAUGGGGGCGGCUCCACGGUGCCCACUCGGCCCCCAGCACCACCCUCCACUCUCUCUUCAACUGUGCAUGCUAAAUAAUGACACACUUUCACAACUCGCUCAGCUAACCAUUCAGUUGCGUCUUCGUAAGUGUUCACCAAUCACACACACACACAUACUCAGGUGCACGCUCCAGUGAAAGCGAGAUUGCCGGGUGAGUGCGGCGAUCGAGAGGGAUGGAGCUGCCUGUAUUCGUGGUGGACGCGUUCACAAGCGUGCCUCUGAGCGGCAACCCUGCCGCCGUGUGUCUGCUCGGCCAGGAUCUGGCAGAGGAGAUGCAUCAGAAGAUUGCGGCAGAGAUGAACCUGUCAGAAACGGCGUUUGUGCGCACGCUUUCUCCAAUGGACGACUUCAGUUCAGCCACGCAGUUCGGUCUGCGCUGGUUCACGCCGAGCCGAGAAGUGGCGCUCUGUGGACACGCCACCCUCGCCACUGCCGCGAUCCUGCAUUCUCUCGGCAACACCAACGCACGGCUCGCAUUCCAUACGUUGAGCGGUGAGCUCGCAGCUUGGCAUGAAGGGGAUCACAUCGCGCUGGACCUGCCACUCAAUCCCACCGAGCCGCUGCAGGAGAAAGAUGAAUUUAAGAAACUGAUUCAGGUGGCGGUUGGAGAGAUGAGCGUGCAGGACGUCCGCUACUCACCUGGCACUUGUAAACUGCUCAUCCGGUUGAGCGACGUCUAUACCAGGCAGGAUCUGGAGCGGCUGCCGAUCGAUCCGGGCUCACUGUUGCGCACCGAGCGAGCCAGUGGGAGCCCCGACGUGAUGGGCGUUAUCGUGACGCUGCGUGGCUGCGGGGGGGAUCGGAUUGACUUCUACUCUCGCUACUUCGCUCCCUGGGUGGGCAUCAAUGAGGACCCCGUCACUGGAUCUGCACACACAGUCCUGGCAAGCUAUUGGUCUAAGGAGCUUGGAAAGCAAGAGCUAACAGCCAGGCAGUGCUCCCCGCGCGGCGGGGAGCUGCAGCUGUCCCUGCAGCAGCAGCAGCACGGGCGGGUGAGCGUGUCUGGGCAGAGCCGCAUUGUGCUGCGCGGGUCGCUACACCUCUGAGCCUCUGCUGCCCUGCAGAUCGUACCAAUCAUCUUCACUCGUGCCGCUUAGUUCCACGUGCAAGCCACCCGUUACGAUGCAACACACUCAUCUUAAAAUGGUAUCACUCAAUUAUAUUUUCACUGCCUAUUUCCUAAAUCUCACCCUCAACUCCAUCUCAUUUUUGUUCUCACCUUAAAUACACUCAAGAGCUUAAAGUACAGCAAUGAUAACAUGUACAGGUAUUUCAUGUGUUUUGUGUGAAUGCCCAAAUAAUGACAAAUGUGGUCUAGUUAAAAGCAAAAUGACCUAUAUAUUUUCACAGGACAUGAGAAGACUCCAAAGUAAAUGGCACACCAUAAUGCAAUGUGAUUAUCAUCGCCACUGUCAAAAUAAUCAAAAUCAUGAUCUUAAUUAUAAAAAAAAUAACCAGACUUUUGAGUUUAACUACGAUGAAAAUCUAACAAGAGCGUCCUUGCCUCUAAACAUCUGGCAGUUUACCAGCAUGUCUUCAAGCAAGCCUGUCUGUUGAUGAGACACUGAAUGUUGAAACCGGUCAAAACUGUGCAUUUGUUGAACAUAUGCUCCUGAAACGAUUGCCAGAUGGCUGUGUGGCUGACGGAAUGUGUAAACAAUACUUGUAUUUUUUAAUGUGGAGAGAUGGAUGUGAAAAAGGCGAAUUGUCUGUUUAUCUAUUUUGUUAUAUUCUCCACAAUGAUGCAAUUAUCUACGUAUAUAAAAUGAUUCCGUUGUAUGUUGCUGUUUCCGGUACUUUGAACAAACCUUAUACAAAUC